UUUUAUUGUGUAUGUUUGCUAUAAUAAGAGUCCGUCAUGCUACGUUAACCUGCGAAGGUAGCAGCGUACUUCGAUAUCUUUUCCAAGUCACUAGUGUAAAUUACUGCGCAAGCCUUCACAAUACAUCCAUCACUCAUGAAAAUCGACGGUCACAGACGAUGCGCGCAGUAAAAAGUAAAAGCGGCAUGCAUGCGCAAGGCACAACUAUGUGCCGCUUUUCAUCACAAAUGUUUCUGCUUUGCAACAAAAUCGCCAUUCGCAGUGACCAUUAACAGUUCACUAGUGCGCAGAGAGCCGUCAGCUUCCAAGCAUGGCAAGUUCGGAAAGUUUCAGUGUUGAUAAAUGUCCUGCCGAGUACAAACCGUACAGUUGUCAUCUAGCAGAUAGGGAUCGACAGCUGGCUAAAGUCGAGCUCGGAGAAGAUGACGCGAUUCGGGAACAAAGUGUGCAGCAAAUGCGCGAUUGGAUCGCACGUCAUCCUCACAUCCGGAAGUGCCGUACGGAUCCUGUGUUUUUGCUGAGAUUCUUGAGAGCUCGUAAGUUCAAUCUGCCAGAUGCGUGUGAAAUGUUGGAACGGUACCUGUCCAUGCGGCAGGUGUUCAAGAUAUGGUACGAGAACCUGGAUCCUGCAGAUAAAUAUAUGAAACAACUGGUCGUAACCGAGGGAGCGCUACCGCUGGGAUUGGAUGAACGAGGUCGAAUGGUGGCACUGGUCAAGGUACGAAACUUCGAUCCGACCAAGUACAGUUGUUUCCACCUGGGUCGGUUUACCCAUAUGGCAUUGGAGGCAUUUUAUGACGAUGAACAGGUUCAGAUUGGUGGUGGUGUGGCCAUUAUUGAUUGUGAGGGUGCCGCAAUGGCUCAUUUCACACUGUUUAAGCUAUCCGAUAUUAGGAAUUUCAUGGAACAUCUGAAAGUUGCGCUCCCAGUGCGCGUCCAGGAGAUACACGUGAUCGGACUUCCUCGAAUCGGUGCUGCCCUCGGAGAACUCAUUCUUAGUUUCGCUAGUGCCGAGAUGAAGCGUAGAAUUCAUUUUCACGCAACCUUAGCCGACGCCUUGAAGUUAUUGGAACAAUCACUAUUGCCGAUGGAAUACGGAGGAGUUCAGGAUGCUAGGGACAUCACUGACAGACUGCGCCGACGUUUGGAUGAUGCGAGGAAGACUUUGCUGCUGUUGGAUGAAAUGGAAAUAGAUGUUGCGCCAUACGCAGGGUUCUGGAACCAAAGCAAUGAUGAAGAUGUGGAAUUCGGAAUGGAGAUUGACUGAUUUGAGCGAUUAAUUCUUGAAUCAUUUUGCUAUAAGUUAAGACGAAUCCUGCUGUUUAGAGUACCUUAGCCCUGAAGGUAUGUAGUCAAUUUCUGUUUGGUGCUUUAUUUUUGGUGUUGAGUAAAAAUAUUCGCAAUGCAAUUGAACUGAAAAUAAUGAUGUAUGUGUUAUAGCUAUUCUGUACAAAGUAAAAAAAAAUACAAUUGCGAUUUUUAAUUGAGUUUUAUGUUUUAAUGAUAAAUAGCGAAAAAUAUACGAUUAUUAUUAUUA